AUGGCGCAGAAAUGUGUACAUAAAGGCUGUGGGAAGACUUUCACCGAUCCUGAAGAAGAAUGCACAUACCACCCGGGACCUCCAGAGUUCCACGAGGGACAAAAAGGCUGGAAAUGCUGCAAACCUCGAGUCCUGACCUUUGACGAGUUCCUGGCCAUCCCACCCUGCACCAAAGGCAAACAUUCUACAGUCGACGACACACCCGCCCCUGCCCCCAAACCCGAACCUGCAGCGCCGACGCCAGUCUCCGUACCUGUCACCAAACCUCUAGCACUCAGUCUAGGAAGCAACCAGCAGCCGAGCCCUUCGACACCAAAGCCCGAACCACCUGAAGAUGAGUCCGACGAUCCUGAUGCCGAAAUCCCGCCAACGGCAACAUGCAAGAGACGAGGAUGCGGGAAGGCUUGCGACGACAACAUCCCCCGUGACGAAGAGGAGUGCGUAUACCACCCGGGAGUGCCGCUAUUUCACGAAGGCAGCAAGGGGUGGACAUGCUGCAAGAGGCGGGUGCUUGAGUUUGAUGAGUUCAUGAAGAUUGAGGGGUGCAAAAGGAGGAAGGGGCAUUGCUAUGUGGGCAAGAAAAAUAAGGCUUCGGGGGGAACCAAUGGCACAGCUACAGCGGAAGAGAUGCUUAGUACUGUACGGAACGAUUUCUAUCAGACGCCAACUAGCGUGAUCGUCAGCUUUUACCUCAAGAAGAUUGUCAAGGAGGAGGCCAAGGUCGAGUUCAAUGACAGCGGGUUGGAGAUCGAUCUGGACCUGCCGACGAGCGAUGGCAAGCGGUUCACAGGCACCAUCCCGCUGUUUGCCCCAAUUGACCCGGAGAAGUCACAGUUCAAGAUCAUGGGCACAAAACUGGAACUGGAACUAGCCAAGAAGGACGGGACGAGUUGGUCAACGCUGAGGAGCGACGAGAAGGGGACGGGCGAGAGGAUUCAGGUUGGAAGAGCUGGGAGGAUGGUUUGA